AUGCAAAAAUUAGCAAAUGUUCCCAUUAACUUGUCAGCUGAUGAUGUCUUUCAAAUCCGGCUGGUGGAUGGGGGCUCAUAUAAUAAGGGACGGGUGGAACUGUAUCUUCCGAGCCAAUGGGGCACGGUUUGUGACAACAGAUUUGAUGACAAUACGGCUUCGGUGGUCUGCCAUAUGUUGGGAUACCCCAGAAUUGGGGCUAAGGCAUGGAGUAAAGCUCAUUUUGGUCAGGGAAAGGGGCCCAUUUGGUUGGACAACGUUCAUUGUGAGGGACAUGAAAACAGCCUUCUGGACUGUUCACAUCGACCUUUGGGAGAUUCCAGCUGCGACCAUUCGGAAGAUGCCGGAGUGACUUGCUGUAUGAGUUCCGUUAAACAUCCCCACAUCAUCAGUUGUGAACCGUAA